AUGCCGCCGAAACCCAAACUGACCCCCGAAGAAAAAAAGGCCUUAAAAGCGGCAAAAAAAGCCGAGAAAAAGCUACAACUGAUAGAGAAAAAGAAACAAAUCAAACGGGACUACCUAGACCGAGAAGUGAAGUAUGGAGAACUCACAAUUAAAAGGCACGAAAGAGAAUGGAGGCAGAUGCUUAUUAACAUAGCCUUACCGAAAAUGAAGGAAGACUUGGAAUUCGCGUGGCACAAUUUUGAGAGGGUUAUAGAUUGCAAGAAUUUCGCAAUAUCUCUCCUUAUGGACGAGAUAAGAGACGCGGAGCAGCAGUACGUAAUGAAUGACAGGAACCACAUGGAACAUAUUAAUAAAUUAAUAGACUUGUUCCGCGUGCAGCUAGAGGAAUUGCAAAAGGACAAUGAACAACAGGUUGCGAAUUUAAUACAAAGAGCAGAGGAGCAAUCACAAGAACUUAAAAUAGAUGCCGUUGAAGAAGACAUUUAUUUGAAAACAAUGAUAUACAAACUAGAGAUGGCCUGGAAAGAACAGAAACAGAACGUUCGUGCUGAAUAUUUUUCUAAAUUAGAAGAAGAAGGUACUAAAUACGCCCAAAUCAUCCAGAGACUAAGAGGAGUUUUGGAAAAGGAUCUUCUAAAUAUGUGUAAACAGACUCGAGAGUUUUUGCGAAACUUUGAGGAGAGAACCAGAGCUAGGAAGAAGGAACACGAUAAACUUAAGGCUCAAGAUGAUUCCGUGCAGAAACUACUUGUCAUACAACUUGGAAAGCUCAGGAAAAUGUCGGAAUGCGUGAGAAGGUUAAAAUCGAAGUAUAAAGAUUCCUGCAAGUUAUUAAGCAACAGGUUAAAAGACAUCAAAGAUGAAAACAAUUACUUUACGUUUGUCUUUAGCCACUUAAAAAUGAAGUUACAGAAAGAUAGAGAAAGGGAUUUCAACCAGAUGAGAAUUUUAACAGUCAAUUACAACUCAGCCAUACAAUACUUGGAGAAACUCCAGGAAAAAGGCGAACACAUCCUGCAUGCUACGGCGGUGUGUAGGAAAUUGGAAACACAGGAGGAGAAAAUUAUGCCUUUUCCCGUGCCUGAAGACUCAAUGAAAGUAUAUAUGGACGAUCAGGACGAAUACCUGGAGUCUUUAGAUUUGUUUUGGCAGAGGGUUGCGCAAGCGGAUGCAUCUCGGUACUCUAUAAAUGAAGAAAGGGAGUUUCUGAAGUCAGAGAACCAAAUUCUGAGAAUGAAACUACAUAAGUAUUGCCAGUGUGUUACUUGCCCAUUCGUCGAAUCUAAAAUGAUAAGUAACGGAAAAUGCGUUACGGAUGGCGUUUUGGAAAUGAAGAAAUAUGAAAAACACAAUUAUAAACAGUUUUAUAGUAAUGAGUAUGAUGACGAAAUUGAUGAAUAA